AUGGUCAGCUACCCACACGUAGACACCAUUCUGGAAAGGGCAGCAGCACACAGCACCAUCUGUGCCUUCACGGAGCUUCCAGAACCUCCCAAACCGCUGCAGCCUUGGAAGCGGUGCAAAGUCUUCUCCAUGCAGCUGGGGCUGAAGCCGCUGCUCGCAGGAUGGCAAACCAUCUCGAGUCACGGUAGUGAAAAGUCUGCCAGCAUUUUAGAUUGUCUGUUGACUUUAAAAACAGAAGUUCCUAUCAUGACGGAGGAGCAAAAGCAGGACUUAAACCCCCUGAUCAUAAAGAUCAAAAGUGCUUCCUGCCUUCCAUCACAACCUGUGCCCUUCCAUGAACUAGAGAGGCUCUGCACCCCGUGUACUGCAAGUACCAGUUUCACAAGACUCCGGUUCACCAGACUGAGGGGCAGCCUCAUGGAAGCCCCAUCUCCCUUCCAGGACAUCAAUGUCAUUUUUCUUGGCGCAAUGCACCCCAAUGACCUGAGGGAAACCUGGAGGGCCUCCCAUGGUGGAGAAGUUCACGACCGGGACCGAAAGUCAGAGGAGUAUUCCCGGAAGCCCACCCUGUUUGGGGAGGACCCUCUGGAUUCAUACAUUAUCCCAGCCCUCAUCUCUCCCAGAGAGACAGAGAGCAAUCCUUUUGAAUCCCAAAACAAGAUGUGCGACCCUUACGGAAUAGCCCGAGUAAGUUUUGCUGAACUCCUCCUUGGCCACAAGUACUUGAACUUGGCUAUCCCCAUCCACAGCUGUGAGCCCAAGUCCAUACACCAUAACCAGGACAGCAGGAGCAGGAAGGUUGUGGGGUUUAAGGUCCCUACAGAUGCCCUGCAUCACGGCCCAAUGCCCAUGGGGUAACUACCUAGAGGCCACUCUCUCAAGCUGCGAGUAGACAUCUCGGUGCCACUGCAGGCCAUGGCAGAAACCACCAGUCCAGACCUCGCAGGCACCCAGUUUGGCCGCAUCAUUUUCAUAUUUGACUCCAGGAAGGCCUUCCUCCUAUAUAGCCUGCUGCAGGACAUCACCCUGAUCAAUGCCAAAGCCCUCGAUCUGGACUCCUGCCCUGUCCCGACCAUCCAGCAGAUCCUGUUAGCCUUUAAAGUGCGGGCGAAGAUCCAGGAAAGGCAGGACCUGGAUGUGCUCACUGGCUUCCACAUGCUAGAUGGGAAGAUCCACCUCCUCAUUUUGGAAGGCAUAGCUGACCAAGGCUUGAAGCGGCUGUGGGAGAGCCACCAAAGUCGAAUUUCCAAAUCACAGCACGGGAAAACACAAGGUGCUCUACAACUCUCAGCUGCUGUUUCAGCACCGCCUCUACGCAGACCUGGAGACUGUCCUGUAACCACAUGCACCUCUUCAAGGCCAGUGUCCCAGCUGGUGAAGCAACUGGAGCUCUACCUCCGCAACACCAUGAUGCAGAAGGCCUUCCAGGCCCUGACCAGGAUCUACUGCAUCUGCCGUUACAGCACCAACCUCAGGGAGGUGGUUGCCAGAGACCUGCUGCCUUCCUCUGCCAUGAUCAAACACUUGAGCCAGGAGUUUGGGUUGCCUGUUUCACAAGAAGAGCUCAUAGAUAGAAAAUUUUUGGCCAUCUUACCUCAUCCUGCCCCCAAUCUUGAGGACUUUCGAAGCCAGAAUUCCACCCAUACUUUUGACAUCGUCUCCCACCAGAAGAAUUACCUGCAGUGGCGGAACACUGUGAUACUGAAGAAUAGAAGCCAAAAGCACAGUCUGAUCCAGAAAAAUAUGAGAGCCUACAAGGUCAGCAAGGAGCCUCCAAAGUCUGUGGUAAAGGUGAUUCGGAGUUCAGGCCCUACCAAAGAUGCUGUCUAUAACUAUAGUAUUCAGACCCUGAAUUCCACAGAGUUUGCCAAGAAGGAGCUGUAUCGAGAGAUGGCCAAGGAGCCGAGCAGAAGAUUCACAUAUUCACAGAAGUACCUCUCAGCCAUGGUGGAGCCCCAGGAUUCAAAGGAAGAGGAGAAAAAAGCCCAGAAGAAGUCCCGCCAGGCCUGGCUCACAGCCAAUGGAUUCCAAGUGACAGGCCUACAGAGGUCCACUGAAAGGGACCACCUCAGGCUGCUGCCCAUUGGCGCCACCACAGAGCUGACUGAGGAGUGGAGGGAAAACGCACUGUUUGCUAAUGUGCUGCAGCCUGUGCUGGACCGAGACAGGUGGAGCUGGGAACAGCGCCAUCAGGACUUUGAUCUGUACAAGAAGCCACCGCCUUUCCUCAAGCUGCCUGCUGCUCCAUCACUGGCCCGAAAACAGGUGGGAAGACAAAAGGGAGCAGCCCUGUGUCCUGAACAACACGGACCCUCCCACCAGAGCUGGCAGUGCCCACCACAGGCCACAGCCACAACUCAGCACACCUGCCCACCGCCAGAUCCGCUGCUGCAUGGAGCCUGCGCUUCACCCUCUCUGGCACAACUAGGAGCCAAGGCCAUCAACUUGCCCAGCCCCUCCCACCUGAGAUUCCUUCAUGACGGAUGACUUCCACCCCAACCACCAGGCCUCAUUAAAGUGCAGCAGGACAAAGCCA